UUGAGAGUCUGGCAGCGCCCGGCAACUGGGGCCCAGCUGUGCGCAGCGUCCGGCGCGCUCCGCGAGGGGAUGCGGCGCAGCUAGGGCCGGUCCCGAGUUCCAGCCGGUGGGUCCCUGAACGGUCCCCCGGCUCAGAUUUCCGACGGAAGGGUUGGACUGCGCAGCGUUCUGAAGGGGUCCGCCAGUUCGGACAUGGUGACUGAAGGAGGGUGACGUGGGCAGAUAAGGGGCCGGGGGGCAAAGAGAAGAGGCUAAGAGCGCCAGCAUCGCCGGCGGAGCUGGGAGGCGCGCGCAGCGCCAGCCGGAGGAGGAUCCCCGAGCCCGAGGCAGGUGCUGACAUGGAGCUGCGCUCCGAGUUGCCGAGCGUGCCAGGCGCGGCGACGGCGGCGACGACAGCGACGGGGCCGCCGGUGGCAUCUGUGGCGUCGGUGGCAGCGGCGGCGGCGGCGGCCGCCUCGCUGCCCGUGAGCGUGGCGGGCGGUUUGCUACGGGCGCCGCCGCUGUUGUUGCGGGCGGCGGAGAAGUAUCCGCGGACCCCCAAGUGCGCGCGCUGCCGCAACCACGGCGUGGUGUCUGCGCUCAAGGGCCACAAGCGCUACUGCCGCUGGAAGGACUGUCUGUGCGCCAAGUGCACGCUCAUCGCCGAGCGCCAGCGCGUCAUGGCGGCGCAGGUGGCGCUGCGCAGGCAGCAGGCGCAGGAAGAGAACGAGGCGCGCGAGCUCCAGCUGCUCUACGGUACAGCAGAGGGCCUGGCGCUGGCCGCCGCCAACGGCAUCAUCCCGCCACGACCCGCCUACGAGGUGUUCGGCUCCGUGUGCGCCGCCGACGGCGGGGGGACAGGAGCCGCGGCACCUGCGGGGACCGGAGGCGGCACAGCGGGCGCCGGAAGUUCAGAGGCCAAGUUACAGAAGUUCGACCUGUUCCCCAAGGCGCUGCUUCAAGCAGGCCGUCCGGGCAGCCCGCCGCUGCCACCCGGGAAGCCCUUAUCGCCCGACGGCGCGGACUCGGGCCCCGGGACGUCGUCCCCGGAGGUGCGGCCGGGCUCGGGUUCCGAGAACGGCGAUGGCGAGUCCUUUUCAGGGUCGCCUCUGACCCGGGCCUCCAAGGAGGCAGGUGGCAGCUGCCCGGGCAGCGCUGGCCCCGAAGGCGGCGGCGAGGAGGACAGCCCGGGCUCCGCCAGCCCUCUGGGCUCUGAAUCCGGUUCGGAGGCCGACAGAGAAGAGGCAGAGGCCGCGCCAGCGCCAGGGCUGGGCGGCGGCCCGGGUCCACGGCAGCGGACGCCGCUGGACAUCCUGACGCGCGUCUUCCCGGGCCACCGGCGAGGCGUCCUGGAGCUGGUGCUGCAGGGCUGCGGGGGCGACGUGGUGCAGGCCAUCGAGCAGGUGCUGAACCACCACCGCGGGGGCCUGGCGGCCGGCCUCGGCCCCGCCGCGCCCUCCGACAAGGUCGCUGCGGGUGCCGUAGCAGCCGUGGACGACGGGUGGCCGGGCCGCGUCGACGCCACCGCCGCUGCCGGGGGCCCGGGGCUGCCCGCGCCCCUGCAGGCCGGCCCCACCGCACCGCCGCACCACAGACCUUUGCUGGCCGGCGCCAUGGCUCCCGGGACGCUGGGCUCGCUGAGCAGCCGCUCGGCCUUCUCGCCUCUGCAGCCCAACGCCAGUCACUUCGGCGCCGACGCGGGCGCCUACCCGCUGGGCGCGCCGCUCGGCCUCAGCCCCCUGCGCCUGGCCUACUCGGCGGCAGCGGCGCACAGCCGCGGCCUGGCCUUCAUGGCGCCGUACUCCACCGCCGGCCUGGUGCCCACCCUCGGCUUCCGCCCGCCCGUGGACUAUGCCUUCAGCGACCUCAUGCGCGAUCGCUCCGCGGCCGCCGCUGCGGUGCACAAGGAGCCGUCCUACGGCGGCGGCCUGUACGGGCCGAUGGUCAACGGGGCGCCUGAGAAGCAGUAAGGCGGGGCACCCGCCCCGGGCGGCCCCCAAACUGGGACCAGGCGCGUCCCCGCGGGCCACCGGCCCCUUUUCGUCCGGUGCGCCCUGUGCGCCCCGACUGGGGUCCUCUCGCUCCACGGUGGUUUUCAGUUUUGUUUUGAAGG